UUCAGAGAGAGAGAGACUCAAACUCUGAGUAAGUGAAGCACCUGAUAGAGAAAGAGAUAGAGAGAGGGAGAGAGAGUUUUGAGACCGGCUGAUCGAAAUGGCGAGGCAAGGCGUUUUCUCCAUGCUUGCUAUGGCAUUGCUCCUCGGAGCCUUGGUCUCCAUCCCAAAAGGCGUGGAAUCCAUCGGGGUGUGCUACGGCAUUAGGGGCAGCAACCUACCGUUGCCGAGCACCGUGGUGAGCAUGCUCAAAUCCAACGGGAUCUCCUCCAUGCGCCUGUACGCGCCGGACCACGCCGUGCUGGACGCCCUGCGUGGCACGAACAUCAGCGUCGCCAUUGGGGCACCCAACGACGCGUUGCCUGCCCUGGCCGGCAGCAAGGUCGCGGCCGCCGCGUGGGUCAAGGACAACAUCAACACCCAAGCAUACCCCACGGUCUCCUUCCGCUACGUCGUCGUGGGCAACGAGGUCGCAGGUAACCUCACGGCGCACCUCGUCCCGGCCAUGGAGAACAUGCGCCACGCGCUCGAUGCCGCUGGGCUGGGUCACACCGUGCUGGUCACCACGUCUGUGUCGCAGGAAAUCCUGCACGUGUACAGCCCUCCCUCCGCGGGGAACUUCACCGCCGAGGCUGACUGUUUCAUGAGCCACGUGAUCCCCUUCCUGGCACGCACGGGCGCGCCGCUCAUGGCCAACGUCUACCCAUACCUGGCCUGGGCGUGGAACACGAGCGCCAUGGACGUCAAGUACGCGCUCUUCACCGCGCCCGGCGUCGUCGUCCAGGACGGUGCCUACGGGUACCAGAACCUGUUCGACAUCACGGUGGACGCCUUCUACGCGGCCAUGGACAGGCACAACGGCGGGUCGCUUGUGAGGCUCGUGGUGUCCGAGAGCGGGUGGCCGUCGGCCGGCAACAAGGAGGCGUCGCCGGACAACGCGAGGGUCUACAACCAGCGCCUCAUCGAGCAUGUCGGCGGCGGCACGCCGCGACGCCCGGUUGCCAUUGAGACGUACAUCUUCUCCAUGUUCAACGAGGACCAGAAGGCGACCGGUGUGGAGCAGCACUGGGGCCUCUUCUACCCCAACAUGCAGCACGUUUACCCCAUCAAGUUCUCAUAGCUUUCUUUUUGGAGAGGAGCUUCUGAUAGCUAUAUAGCUGCGAGCCUGGAGGAUGAACCAGCCCACUGGAGCGCAAGACUCGGCCCCACAAGGCUUCGACAACUUCCAGCCCGUGUACGCGGUGCCGAAUGGCGUACCUGAGUCGCUGGCUAUUUGUAGCUUUCCUUUUGCCCAAAUUUUUUUUGUAGCUUUCCCCUACCUUCCUCCUCCUUGGCUUUCUUGUA